CGCAUAACAUAUUAUUGAUUUAUUAAAACAUUUAUUUAGACAUGCCUCCCAGCAGAACUAUACACGAGCAAAAAAUGUUCAAGUGCUCAAAAUGCGGUCGACGGGACAAACACUCAAUGCAACACAGCCCAGUAACGAUCACUUCGGCCAGCGGCAUUAGACACGUAUUGCAAUGGAGUGGCGGCAAGAUUGAGUGUCCUUGUGGCAAACAGUUUGCAUAUACGCACAUGAACGACAGGCAUGCGCUUGUGUGCAGUGUGCUUAACGCUACAGAUACCAACGCUUAUCCCGACACCGCCGGCGAUUUCAGCAUAAUUUCAUCUCCGUCAGAGUCGGCAUUGGCUGCGUUAAACUUGAUGGUUGAACGCGAAAGUGGCCUUAUUAUUUGUCAGACCUGCUGCUAUAUGCACCUUUACAAAUGCCAGAUAAAACAUGGACACCUGCAUCAUGUCGAGUACAGUCAGCGGGCAGUCAGGGAGGCGUGUCGUUAUCUGCUGUCAAAAAACUCGGGAGCCAUGUCAGAUGAUGAGCUUCAGUCCUGGUAUAAGGAUCGUUUGCUACGGUUGGAUUUGCCAAUUCCAGGAAUUAGUGCCAUUGACCAGGCGUUUUGGUGCGAGCACUGUAACUAUGCUGUUUGCGAUAGAAGUAGCAUGCGGAAGCAUUAUAAAAGUGCGCACAAUGCAGUGUGGGUGUCGGCAGGAGCGGCCAUUGGUCCUGUUCAGCAGUUGUCUGGUAGUGGUAACUCCCAGUUUAGUAGCUACAUUCGGGUUUUGCAUACAUAAUUCGCAAGCAUGGAUGUCUUUAUUACUCUACAGAUGCUACUCUGGAUACAAUCACCCCUUUUUAAAUAUUUGGCUGCAUAAAUUCUCCAGCAUAUGGUUUCUAUAUUUUAUUUUUGUUUUGGAUAUCCAAAACCGCACCGAGCGCAGUUGUGCCAAUUCCAGAUUGCGCAAGCCUAUUCGAAACAUGCAGCGGACGUCAUUCAAAAAAGUAUAUAUACUUGAUGAUCAACUGAUCCAGUGAUCACAUUUGUUUAUCGGCCUGAUGCUCCCCUCCCCCCACAGUAUUUUUUCUCACUUUGAGCUGGAGUUGUGAUAUAUACACAGAUCGCGCUUAGGAAGCU